UUAUAUAUUCUUUUUCCAUUUUCUUUUCUUAAGUAGUGGCAGGCAUGUUUGGUUAUCUUUUAACUCUUUUAUCAUUUCUUUUACUAACAAAUCUUCAGUUUAUUGGUUUAAGGUUCUGACACUAGGCUAUGAGUGAGUGAGUGAGUGCAAUUCUGGUUUAGGAAGCAUGACGAACUGUACUCUUUGAUAUGAUGUUAUUAGUACAAAAAAAAACAAGAUAUGCCCAAUUGAAAAAAACUUAUUUUUGGAUAAAUUGAGUUGGAAGUUUGGUUUGUAUUGAAGUUUUCAAAUCAUUUCUACCAGCUCCUUACUUACUACUACUACAUUACAAAGAAGCUGGUUUUGCCAUUUGGGUAUCUCUGGUUUCUCUCAACUUUCAUGUAUCAAAUGGAAACUAUCAAUAGAAAGUAUGCUGUUGCUUUCUUCUUCAUUGCCUUUGCAUGCUUGUUGGAUUACACAAAUGGUGUGCUUUCUUCCAAAGGUGUUAACUAUGAAGUUCAAGCUUUGAUGGACAUUAAGAACUUGUUUAAGGAUCCCCACGGUAUACUUGAUAAUUGGGAUGAUACUGCUGUUGAUCCAUGCAGCUGGAAUAUGGUCACUUGCUCUCCUGAUGGUUUGGUCAUUAGUCUAGGAACUCCAAGCCAGAACUUAUCAGGCAUCCUUUCUGCAAGCAUAGGCAACUUAACAAAUCUCCGGAGUGUACUAUUACAGAGCAAUAAUAUAACAGGUCCUAUCCCCUCUGAGAUUGGGAGGCUCCAAAAGCUUGACACACUUGAUCUUUCCAAUAACAACUUCAAUAGUCAAAUUCCCAACACUUUAUCACACUUAAAGAGUCUUCAAUACCUGCGACUGGACAAUAACACUUUGAGUGGAGCCAUUCCUGCAUCUUUGGCUAACAUGACAGAGCUUGCCUUCCUGGACCUGUCAUACAACAAUCUAAGUGGUCCAGUACCAAGGUUGCCUGCCAAGACCUUCAACAUUGUGGGGAACCCUCUGAUUUGUGCCACGGGGAAGGAACAAGUGUGCUUUGCAACGAUGCCCAUAGCACCUCCUUUUUCCUCUAAUAAUUCGCAAAAUGCUCAAACUGCUAGGAGACCCAAAAGCCAUAAAAUUGCUUUAGCCUUUGCUUCAAGCCUGGGCUGCAUUUGUCUACUAAUUCUUGGGUUUGGUUUCCUUCUUUGGUGGAGGUACAGACACAACCAGCAAAUUUUCUUUGACGUCAACGAGCAACAUCAUGAGGAAGUUUGCCUUGGAAACCUGAAGAGAUUUCAAUUUAGAGAGCUUCAGAUGGCAACAAACAACUUCAGUAGCAAGUACUUGGUUGGAAAAGGUGGUUUUGGAAAUGUCUACAAAGGCUGUCUCAGAGAUGGUACAGUAGUAGCAGUUAAAAGGCUUAAAGAUGGUAAUGCCAUUGGUGGUGAGAUUCAAUUCCAAACUGAAGUUGAGAUGAUCAGCCUGGCAGUUCACAGGAACCUUCUUCGGCUUUACGGGUUUUGUAUGACAGCCUCUGAGAGGCUCUUGGUUUACCCCUAUAUGUCAAACGGCAGCGUUGCCUCCCGCCUCAAAGCCAAACCAGCCCUUGAUUGGAGUACGAGAAAAAGAAUUGCCUUAGGAGCUGCAAGAGGAUUACUGUACUUGCAUGAACAAUGUGACCCCAAGAUCAUUCACAGGGAUGUCAAGGCUGCAAAUAUAUUGCUUGAUGACUAUUGUGAGGCUGUAGUGGGAGAUUUUGGGUUGGCCAAGCUGCUAGAUCACCAUGAUUCACAUGUUACAACCGCCGUGAGAGGCACCGUUGGACAUAUAGCCCCGGAGUACCUCUCCACGGGACAAUCCUCUGAGAAAACAGAUGUUUUUGGGUUCGGCAUACUUCUUCUUGAACUAAUUUCUGGCCAAAGAGCUCUAGAUUUUGGGAAAGCAGCAAACCAGAAAGGAGCUAUGCUUGAUUGGGUGAAGAAACUUCAGCUAGAAAAGAAGUUGGAUAUGCUAAUUGAUAAGGACUUGAAGAAAAACUACGAUAUAAUUGAGCUUGAAGAAAUCAUUCAAGUAGCUCUACUAUGUACACAAUAUCUUCCAAGUUAUAGGCCAAAGAUGUCUGAAGUGGUUCGGAUGCUUGAAGGGGAUGGGCUUGCAGAGAAAUGGGAAGCUUCUCAGAGAGCUGAGUCAACUCGUUGCAGAGCCAAUGAUUUCUCUUCUUCAGAAAGAUACUCUGACCUCACUGACGACUCCUCGUUGCUUGCACAGGCAAUGGAGCUUUCUGGACCAAGAUAAUUUACAAAAUAUAAUCCUCAACAUGAAGAGGGGAUAAAAAAAGUUGUGUGAAAAAACUUAAAAGAAAAAAGAAGUUCAAAAUAUCACCAAGAAUAGAUGUGAGAAAUGAGUCUUCUUUCUGUUGUAUAUUAUAGCACCAUAUUUGGAGCUCCAAAGUGGUGUCUUUAAUUCACUCACUGUACAGAAUCUGAUAUUGGAAAACUGACAUUUCAGACCAAGUUGUCUCUCAUGCCAGUUCAGUUCUUCUCCAGUGUUUGAAUUUACUAGGGAUGUCCUAAAUGAGCACUUGGAGUUCACGUGAGAAUAAUAAUAUUUUGGGGGUUGUAAGUUGUUUGAAAAGUUAUAUAAAUAAGCAGUCAACAUCGUUUACGAA